AUGAGGCAGGCCGCUCUAGCCGAGGGAUCUACGGGGAACCUUCUAUGGCUGAGCGUGGCGGAGCGGGCGCGCUCUCGGCGGCGUUGGCGUGACCCGGGGCGUGACGAGUUCUUCGUGCCGACGCCGGAGUCGCUUAAAUGGCUCGACUCCGUCACGCUGCCCAUGAUCCUCACCGCCGCCGCCGUUGCCCUCUUCACCAAGCUCCUAAUAACAAUACCAUUAUAUUGA